GAUCUGCAAAAUGGCUUGAAAGAUCCGGCCAUGAUAAGAAGGAAAGCGCAUUUGGCUUAAUUGCAGUUUCGAGCCGUUUCGGUUGCAAACUGAAACUUGGCAAGAGGUCCAAAACGCAGAAUUUUAAUAUUUCAAAGUAGAAUUGUGGUCAUUUUGCGCUGUCGAAUCAGAAAACGUGACCUACCGCUGCAAGGAAACAGAUUAAUAUAGGCAAGUCUUCCAGAAUGGAUUAUACAGUAAGUAGAUCAUCUCUUUCACUGUUAUAGACUCAUGUUACAUACAGAGAAAAAAACAUGUUAAGAGCUGUCUAUUUAGCUGGAUGGUGUAAUAUCGUUGUUUUCCAUGACAAUUUUGUGGUUACUUUUGUCGCUCAGUUCAACGGAAAGGGGUUUCUCCUCUGAUCAUUUAAACGCUGAAUUUUUAGGGUUUUCUAUUGACACCUUUGAAGAGGCUAGUAUUCUGGUCGGUUUUUAGGCGCGUUUGUUGCCCCCAUCUGACGAUAUCGCAUGGCGGAAAGAGAACAGACUCGCUCCCACAGGUCCGCCAAAAUGCGUGUCAUCUUUUUAUUCCACAGCGCUAUCAGAAUUCUCAAUUAAUGGCUCAAUGAUUUAUUUUUCCCUAAAAGCUCUACUAUUUGUCAUAUAUGGCCUCAAAAAGGGUUUCCUAAAUGUCGUUUCUGCUCGGUAAAAUUUGCAUGCAAUUCAAUAAACAGAGCUGACUGCACCUUGGAUAAACACGUCCAAAUUUACUCGCGAUCAAUGCAUGUGAAUGCAAAUUAUAGAGUCAAGUUAAAUGUUUUAGAUGCAUUAGGGUUUUCUGGUUCGAAACUGAGAGACUCUCUACCAAUUUUUUCCAGUAUGGCGUGUUUUCAAUUUUUAAAGGCAAAUCUAUUCUAAUACAGUUUAGAAUAAAAUAGAAUGAUAUGUGUUUAUUUACAAAAGUGAUCGCGCUGUCGUCGCUUAGGUUUUUCAACUCUUUCUGCAAGGCUCCUUGAAAAACAAUCCAAAUUUUGCAAGUUCGUUUUUAUUUUCGAGUUGUGUUCCUUUCUAAGUUAACUGAGAUGCAAUUUAGCGAGAGUAUUGACUCUCGAGUAAACCUUGCUCCCCACAGAAUUGCAAGAGAUGACGAAAAUUAUGGCGUUUUGCUGUAUUUACCGUCAGAAACCAUCGCGUAUUUUCUUCAGAAUCUGAAUUGCAAAUUUAGGUCAAUAUUUAAAGUUCCAUUUUAUUCUUGAUAAGUUGGUUGUCCCGGGAAACUAAAAUAAUCGACUAGAGUUAUUUUGGAAGGAGAUUACAAAAGAAGUAAACAGCCAUAUGACACCAGAGAUUGAUGACGAUAGCUCAAAAUGAUUAAGAAAAAAGUGCAUUUAAGGAAAGUUGUAUCCAAAAAAAACCGAAAGUGGCGCCUGCAGUGUUCUCAUUUUGCCGCAUUGAAUAAGACAUUUUAAUAAAGCCAGCGAAGAGCGUGGUUUGUGUCGCGAAUCGCUUAUUUUAUGGGGGUAUUUAAGCAGCUAUCUUUGCCUUUGAGCUAAAAUUAUCGUUCUUCUCCUUUAUCAGUGUUUCCUUAUAAGCCCGCAUCACUUUAUUUCCCUACGUAACAAAUUCUAAUUGUCUGUAUGAACACCUCACUUGAUCUGGGAAUAACAAAGUGGAAACAGGUGUAUACGUGUGGCAAAAGCUUAUAAACAUCUUUCUGAAAAUUCAAAACGUUGAUUAGAAAAACAUAAGCAUUAGAACAAAAUAAAUUUAAACUCUCUGUCCAUUCACCACUUCUGUAACAUUUGUUAACUUGAGAUCUUUAAGUAUUCUUAUCAGUGACGAAGUUAAAAGACCUCUCAAAUACGGGCAUAAAAUACAUUUGGAGCGCCUAUCGUAAAUACCAUUUACUAUUUUUUGUCUUACAAAGAUCAAGAGUAACAUUCAGUUGAACUGAAAUUUUGUUCAACCCGCCGACAGUCGGUCUUGAAGAAAUAAGUUUCUGUAGCUGUGUAUUUUAAUGCACUUGCUAGUUUCAAAUGUGUAACAACGGUGUCGAUGAAAAACCAGCUUGAAACAGCACAGUACCAACUGUUAAACUGAAUUCUCUGAAAAAAAAUAUUUUUCUUCUUUAGAAUACGUAGACUGCACUCGAGUUCUAUCAAAAACAAAAUAUCAGAAGCUGACUCGAACGGAAGAAAUAAUAGUCAGCAGACCAUGACCACUGUGAUUCGGGUGUGUAUGAAGAUCAAGGAGAAUUGCCUUUUAAAGGGUCCCCUAGGCGUAUCUCGAACUAAACACCAUCUGCUGCCGUUUUUUAAGGUUCCCUACGACGCCCAAAGAAUAUCGACACGAGUUUUAACGGUGAAACAGUGAUUUUAGAAUUGUAUUAUAAAGAUACUGAUGUACUUUCCUCGGCUUUCUUCAAACAAAAAAUUCCAAUCUCUGCAUUGUAGAUUAUUAUUUUUGUCAGAGAAAAUCAUGGUAACGCUAUGUGGUGUCCGGACGGAGAAUUUUGCUAGAGCUCUACCUUGACUUAGUUAUUUACUGAUAUUUCUUACAUCGGCAUCAGUGAUACGCAGCUUGUAAAGGAAAUACUAGAAAUAGUUCGAUCUUUAGAAUUAAAAAAACAGGAUAACUUAAUUGAGAUUUAAUUUGCCUCUUUUUCCGUCACAUAACAAAUGGCUGUCGAUGCAAAUGUGUUUGGUGUAAUUGAAGUUCGAUUUCUGUGGUUCCUCGCCAGUUUUUCUCUUAAAAAAUUAUGACAACUAAAUUACUACGAGCGCCCUGAUUGGUCAAAAACCUGUCUUUUAUUGCACCAGCAAACCCAUAAGAAAUUAAAAUAUUUUACGUUUAGUUAGAAAAGCAAUAGAUUACACUUUCUAUCAUUCUACCGGCGUAAUAAACCAUUUGGGAUGCUAGGAGAAAACAAACUUUUCGAACGUCCUCCCAACAUCUACUGCGUGGGUUAAUGCGCCAUUAGACCGAUGAAAGUGCGAUCUAUUGCUCACGAAACCAGCGCUAGGAUUAGUAGGUCUCUCUAAUAAAGUAAAGGAGAGUCUUUCUUAGUCGAGAGUAGAUUAUAAUACUUGCUGUCGUUUUUUUUUCCCACCUUAACUUUAUAAUGAAAGGCUUUCACUAUCCACCAGAAACUAAAAACAACUGAAUAGCUGACUCAAGUGAAAACAAUUUUUCGCAGAAAUUAUUAUCCUUUUCGACGGUUCUACAUUUUCAAGCCGGCAAUUUCCCGCCACUUUUUAAGUUUCCAGCUUUUAUUUUUAAUUUUUAUUAAAAUAAAACAGACUGUGGAAAAAUUUACGUGAACGCGAAAUGAAGGUUAAGUUUCUUCACAUUAUGAGAUGUUUUUUUAAGAACGAUAACAAUAGGUCUGCAAUAGUUGGUGCACUUCGAAGAUUUAAAUGAGUUUGUAAAUCUAUCAAUAAAGGGGUUAGUUUGUAAAGAAACUGUGGUGUUGCGUCGGUGGGAGAGUAUAACAGGGUAAUUUAGUAUUAUCAACUGAGUUGAUAACGUAAAAUGGCCACCGUAAAGAGUUUCAAAGCUGACGUUAGCCCUAACGUUCGAAACGUCUGCUUUAAAACUCUUAAUGGUGGCCAAUUUACGUUAUCGACUCAGUUGAUAAUAUCAAAUUACCUUGUAAAUCUAUCCAUCGUUUUGCAUCGUAAUAAAACUGGGAAGAAGGCGACUGUAGAAAGCUGUAUUAGCGAGUACGUAACCCAUAAAUAAAGAUGAAAAAUUUCGCAAGACUCCACAUACCAUUGAGCUUCCGAGUUUGUUAAGAGGUUAUAGAUGGCACCACAAGAGACACAAACUAGCUUGAGAUAAAAAGGAAUAUACUACAUCCAAUUGGUUGUAGUAAUACAGUUAGAGAGUUUUGCCUUCAUAACCUGUAUUAUUGAAGUUGCAAUUCAGCAUUGAAACAUCUUGUGUUAUAUCACUGAAGAAAAAGUUCAAAUCAACUUGGUUUGUUUUCUGCAGUGGCUGUAAAACUAUCUUUGGUACUAGCAGUAGUGGUUGCGGUAGCCGCGGCCCUAGUCGCCGCGCUGCUGGCUGUGUUGUGCAAAUGCUGCUGGGUGUGGUGGCGUUACCGCCGGACACAUCUCAGGCGCAGCGCCUCUCAAGAGAGUUAUGUCAUCACUCAAAAGAAGCAGUGGCCUGGGGGAGGAUUCACUUAUCAAACAUACGAGAACGGUUCCCUCGCGGACCAUGACAGUAUGUCCAGCGGCGAAGAGACAUAUAUCGUUGAGACGCCUGGAAAAUUUUGCAAACUCCAGUUCUGGCUUGAUUUGAAUAGAGAAGAUGAUGUUUUAAUCUUAAGACUGGUGCAAGCCAAGGGAAUCAUUUGCACGAGCAACGUUCAAACAGCUUAUAUUUACCCUGUCAUACAGCUGUACAAGGAAGGGACCAGUUUGGACGAAAGGGAAAUUGAAAAACAGAAAAUGACAUUUGAACCGCAAUGGAAUGAAGAAGUUUUGUUUUCGUUGGAUGGGCAUCCUGUUGAAACACUCUCGUUUUGCAUUCGGUUGAUCGAAUUGGACUCGUUUUCAAACUCUCAUCUGAUUGGUCAGGUGGACGUAUCGCUGGAAGAGGCAGACUUCACAGGGGGCUCUGGAAAAUCACAACCCAAGUGGUACGAUAUCGCGUGCGACUCGAAGGUACGCUUUCCACCUACCUGAUCUCUAAGUAAUAAUAAGCCGGGAACAUAAAGAAUAUUUUGAGUCAGUGUGGCUUAUCUCUUUUUCCCUAAAUAUUUUUCUGAAAUACCAAAUGAAAAAAAAAACUUUAAGCUUUGUAGUUUGCACUUUAUGAGUCACAUUUCUUAAUUCCUCGAUACAUUUUAAGUUCUCGAGAAGAGAAAAUCUCAGUGCAAGCGGCCAACAAAUGUUGAAAGCCUUGAAGAUACUUAAUCCUCAGUACGGAUGAUACGCAAACCAAACAAAUUGGGCAUUCAUAUGUCUCGUUCAUCACAUUCCCCGAGUCACUGAAGAUGUCCUUACAUACUCAACCAUUUCAACGUUUUAAGUACAGAAUAAAGAUAUCUCAGUGCAAGGUAUUCUUCGGUAACUCAUUGCCUCUGGUCUUUCUUUACAGAAACCAGCUCACGAGUACGUAGGUGAGCUGCUUGUUUCGUUAAACUACUUCCCUACAACACAACGUCUGACAAUUGUGAUCCUGAAGGCGCGGAAUCUCAAAAUAGACUCUACAUCCGGACUUUGGGGUGAGUUCUACUCUAUAACGCGAUUUUUCUCGCUCCGAAUGACAUCUCAACUGCCGCAACUGAAAAUAUUCACCAAUGUGAAACUUUCAUGUAUUCUACAGGAUAGUUUGGCUCGAGAAAGAAUUACCAGCGCAAAGGCACCAAAAAGUGGUCUCUGGUAAAAAGUGAAAAAAUCAAAGAAACACAGAAAAAAAUGGAAAUAAUUUAUCAAAAAGGAAGGAGACAAUAAAUGAAGGACAAGCAAAUCUAGAACAAAUUCUUCGAGGCAUUAAUUUCAUUUAAUAGUUUAAUCUUCUUUGACCUUACCUUCAAAAAUCACAGACAAAACAUGAAAUAUGCUGAAGUAAAAAAAGAUAUUACUUUCGCCAAAGAAUACGACCACUUUUUUUUUUGCUGUAGGCCCGACAGUCAGAGUGAUUCUUAUGUUGAACAAAACCAGAUUGGGUAAGAAGCGGACUGCCAUGCAAAAAAAGACUUUGAAUCCAGUUUACAAUGAGGCUUUUACAUUCAAAGUUACAUCAGAGGCCUUACCGAAAGUUACCUUCAAGGUCCUUGUAGUCAACAAACAUUCACACGGUGCUGAGCAAACAGUUGGUCACGUGCUGCUGGGUCAGCAGGUGACCGGAAGUGGAUUUUCUCAUUGGAACCACAUGUUAGCCUCGUUGCGGAAGCCCAUCGCCAUGUGGCAUCCCAUAAUUCCUGGCGCGUGAAGCUGUGCUGCGGACGCGAUUUGUGAGUGAAGUAUAUUUAUGCGAGAAGACUAAAUUGUAAAUAUUGACUUAAUAGAGAAAAUUACAAAUAAGUGUUUGAAAGUGCAGGCACUGUAGUACAAAACGGUGAAUGGAGCGCUUACAGUGGCUAUAUUCGUCUGUGGAGACUGAAAGAAACGUGUGAAGCAAGAAAGCUUUUCAAUUCUUUCUCGUUUGUGCUAAUCUGCAAUGAAUUAAAGAUAACUUCUGUUUUAUUUAUUUGGGACAAAAAAUUUGGCCGUCGAGUCGAAAUUUGAUAAUGCUCCUUUAUAAAUAGAGUAGUAGAGGCACUCUUAAGGAUUAGUGUUAGCUUGUUCUAGUUUUUAUUGUAAAUGUUGUUGUCCAAAUAACUUCAAGCUGGGCUUGACGAUACAUGAAAAUUCGAUAUACUGGGAUAAUCAUCGUUGAAUAAGAAUUUAAGAAUUGUAACUUGGGUGAAAGGGUUAUCAUUCUUGCCUCGCAAUUGUAAAUGAUAUAUAGCACUAUGAAAACGCGAGGAAAGCGAUAAAAAUAUUAUGCAGAGAGAGUCCAGGUGCGUGGGUAGUUCAAUGUUCGGAUACUCCACUUAUCACACAGUGAAAUGAAGGGAUCGUAAUCGUUGUGAGAGGUAGUGGUCAAUUUUUCAGGCCUUGUAUCAAGUCCAAAUGCAAAGGAUAAUGCAAAAUAAUAAAGACUUGUUUGUCUACCAUAACGUC